GAGACUGGGCAAAGGAAGUUUGCUCCGUGGUACUGAACGAAACUUURCCCCGGAGCUACAGUGGAAGAUCAGAACAAUCCUGGAGAAUUGUGUUGCUGGGAGAGUGAUCCAGUCGUGCAGGGAACCAUUGUUUUCCUCAGUACGCCUGUGAGAUUGGUAGAGAACCGCAAAGUAUUUUUUCUCCCGUGUUCUAACCCCCUACUCUAUCSGAGAUGGGGAAGGAGCAGGAACUCCUAGAGGCGGCGCGCACUGGAAAUCUUGCCGCUGUGGAAAAGCUUCUUUCUGGGAAACGACAAUCGACUGGAAGUGGCAGUGGAUCAUCGGGGACUGGUGGAAGCAGCAAUAUCAGUGGUCACAAUGCUUCUCACCCGCUGUCCAGCCUUCUCAGUAUCUGGAGGGGUCCUAAUGUAAACUGUGUGGACAGCACUGGAUACACUCCUCUACACCAUGCUGCCCUAAAUGGACACAGUGAGGUAGUGGAGGCGCUGCUACGUAACGAGGCCUUGACCAACAUCGCUGACAAUAAGGGCUGCUACCCCCUGCACCUGGCCGCAUGGAAGGGGGACCAAAGGAUCGUCAGGCUACUCAUUCACCAAGGCCCCUCACACCCCAAACUCAACGAGCAGAGCUCCUCUGUAGAGCACAAAGAGUUGAAACGCUGUGGGCCCUUUGACCUACAUAUUAAUGCCAAGAACAACGACAAUGAGACCCCCCUCCACUGUGCCGCCCAGUACGGCCACACCCAGGUGGUGCGUCUGCUGCUGGAGGAGCUGACCGACCCCACCAUGAGGAACAACAAGCUUGAGACGCCGCUGGACCUGGCGGCGCUCUACGGCCGUCUGGAGGUGGUCAAGCUGCUGCUUACCGCACACCCCAACCUGCUCUGCUGCAACACCAAGAAACACACGCCGCUGCACCUGGCGUCACGCAACGGACACCUGGCCGUGGUGGAGGUGCUGCUGGCAGCCGGCAUGGACAUCAACUACGAGACGGAGAAGGGCAGCGCCCUCCAUGAAGCAGCUCUCUUUGGGAAGACUGACGUGGUGCAGAAACUUCUGAGUGCAGGGGUUAAUGUGAACAUGGUGGACAGCAAGGGCCUGACAGCGCUGGACACUGUCAGAGAAAUGCCCUCUCAGAAGAGCCGACAGAUAGCAGCUCUAAUCCUGGGCCAUAUGUCAGGAAAUCCCCCUGUUUUACACUUGCCUCCUCCCCCUGUCCCUCCACCUAAUGAGAGCCCUAGCCUUCGGAAAAAAGGUGAGCUGGGGGUGGUGAGUGAGCUGAUCUCGGGGGUGGCCCCGGGGUCUGAGGAGGAGAGCCCAUAUGAGGCGCUGUUCGAGGCCACUUCCUGUCACUCUCUGGACAGCCUGGCCAGUGGCAAGUCCUCCGACAGGGACUCUGGACGACCUGACAGUGAAGCCGGAAAGAAAGACCGGCUUGCUCACCAAUCCCAACAUGCCCCAGGCCAGGAAGAGGAGCUUAACUCAGAGGCCCUGUACACUAACAGCAGCAUCGAUGAGAGAGGGGAGGAGGAUCACACGUAUGAACUGCUGCUCUCCGCCCAGACUGAAGUCCCCCAGUCCGCACAGGACCCCCCAUCACAGAAAUGUACAGAUGAGAACGCUACCUCCCAACAGUCUUCCAACAGUCUUCUACCUCAGCAGCGGAAGCCCACUGCCCCUAGUGACCUCCGACCUUCAGGCCAGACGGGCGACAACCUGAAGCUCCCCGGACCUCCUGUGGUUGGGCCGGGACGGACGGGCCUCGGCCUCACUGGUGAUAACUCCUUGCUCGGCCAGGACCUGGUCGCAGUACCUGAAGUGUUCACAGGCCUCCUGCACGGAUCCUCGCCCGUCUUUGACUGUCGGGAGGAGUCCAUCAGCAGCCUGCCAGGUGGAGUACUGACACAGUCCAGCCAAGGSCAACAGCCGGCGCCAGCUCCAACAGCACCCACCAAAGCAACAGAAGCUCUGCCUCCUCCAAACAAUCCAAUCAACAUGUCUGCCGUCCUGACAGACUGUGACCCCAAAGCUAUCUAUGCCACCGUGUCCAAGGGGGAGCCCAGGGACAGAGACAGGGACAUUGGGUCUGGGGCUGUGCCUGCUGGCAGGAUGCGCCCCCCUGGGGAUUUGAAGCUGGCUCGCAGCUUUUCCAAGUCGGACUCAGACCUGCUGGUGUCGCCGCCUAGCGAGGAGGAGGGAGGGCUGGGCAGCCGCAGUGAGUCCGUCUCGAACUGCAACGCAGCCAAAAAGAGGCUGGAGAAGUCGCCCUCGUUCGCCUCUGAAUGGGACGAGCCAGCCUUUACUCUCUGUGUGCCUGAGAUGAGAGCGUUGGAGACCCUGGAUGAUAAGAGCGUUGAAUCCCUCAUGCUGUGUGGGACAUGCUGCUCAGAUCAAACCCAACUCUAUAUGAUUGAGAAGAUCAUGACGUUGAUUGGAGCAGGCAUUGAUUUCUCUAGAGACCAGCAGUACUCUACCCCAGGUGGUGCGGCUGGGCGGCUGCUGGACCAGCCUGUGGGAGACUGGCUGGAACACGUGGGGCUGCCGCAGUACGAGAGCAAGCUACUGCUCAACGGCUUCGACGACCUGCACUACAUGGGUAGUAAUGUGAUGGAGGAGCAGGACCUGAGGGAGAUAGGCAUCACAGACCCAGGACAUCGGAGGAAGAUCCUGCAUGCAGCUCGAUCCCUACCUAAGGUGAAGGCCCUCGGCUGCGACGGCAGCAGCUCUCUGUCCUCCUGGCUGGACCUCCUGGGCCUGCAGGAGUACCAACACAGCUUCCUGUCCAGCGGAUACCGUAGCCUCGACUGUGUCAAGAACCUGUGGGAACUGGAGAUUGUCAAAGUGCUGAAGAUCUCCCUGCUGGGACACAGGAAACGGAUCAUCGCUUCACUGGCCGAGCAGCCUUAUGAGGAACCUCCUGUCAAGCCCCCCCGCCUGUCCCAGAUCAGGUGUCAGGACCUGGUAUCCCAGACCUCCUCUCCCAUCAGUCACAUGGACUCCUAUACGGGCCGCUCCAUGGACCCCAUCCUGCCCCUGGGGGAGCCUGGGGGGAGGAAGGGGCCCGACCCCGAAUACGAUUUGGCCCCCCACCGUUCCCGCAGUGAACGACACCGAUCACAUGAGAGGUCUGAGGAGCGGCAUCGUGAGCCUCGUCUGACCCUGCGACCCCCCAGCCUGGCAGCACCCUAUACCCCUGUACAGAACUGGCACCACCAGCCUGAGAAGCUCAUUUUUGAAUCCUGUGGAUAUGAAGCCAAUUACCUGGGAUCUAUGCUCAUCAAGGAGCUACGGGGGACCGAGUCCACCCAGGAUGCCUGUGCCAAAAUGAGGAGGUCAACAGAGCAGAUGAAGAAGGUCCCCACCAUCGUCCUCUCCAUCACCUAUAAAGGGGUGAAGUUCAUUGAUGCGGCCAAUAAGAACAUCAUUGCAGAACAUGAAAUCCGGAACAUCUCGUGCGCGGCCCAGGACCCAGAGGAUCUGUGCACGUUUGCCUACAUCACCAAGGACCUGCAGACCAACCACCACUACUGCCAUGUGUUCAGCACAGUGGACGUGAACCUGACCUAUGAAAUCAUCCUGACGCUGGGACAGGCAUUUGAGGUGGCCUAUCAGUUAGCUCUCCAGGCCCAGAGGACCAAACAGCACCAGGGCAUCCCAGCAGGACCCGGGGCAGAGGUCAUCGAGACCAAAUCCAGCCGGCCCGUUCCCAAACCACGGGGUGGCGUAAGGAAAUCAGGGGACUCUCCUCCCCUGCUGGACAGUCGCUCCUGCUGUUACUGUCUCACCUGCACCACCCACCGUCCCUCCUUCCUCCCACUGCACCACUCUGCCAGCCCUGUUGCCCAGGUGGACCCGUUGGAGCUGGAAGUGGACUCCCAGUCCCAGGGCAGCACCACGUGGCUGGUGGACCCUGUCCCCAAAGACUCCAAGAGGACCAUCAGCACUAACUGACUACCAUGACCGGACACCAGCCAGAGUGAGAGGUCAGGGGUGACCCAUACCCAUGGGGUUGUGUUGUGGGGCAGGAGGCAUUUUUGGAACCAGGAGAAAGGCCACUUUCCAUGCACCCUUCCUACCAGUACCACUGGAGACAUGCUUGCAUACACCAGGAAGGCCCUACCUCCUCUCUGACACCCCUGGCCCUCUCCUCAUGCUCCACUCCUUCUCACCUCCACUGAGGUGUUCAGCUCCAGGGGUCAGCGCUGUAGCUCUGUAUCACACAGACAGGAAGUCAGCCCCCAAGCAGUAGGCCCAAACAACCAAUAUCCUCACUGCAUCCACUUACUUACACUGGAAAAUGGACUCAAUAUGUCAAAGCUUGGUCAGUUAUCCAGAGACUGAAAGGUGUUUGUUUGGUAGGCAUCUCUUUCAAUGUGAAGCACUCGACUUUAACAUCCCUCCUUUUCUGUUUUUUUUUUACAAAUGGAAACAUGUUUAUCCUUGACAGGCCAGUGAAUGCUGUUCAGACAGUGUAUUUUAUCUGUGGGGGUUCGACAGUGUCAUGUUUCCAGUUGUUGUUUUUCCCUGACAUUUUGUGACUUGUGUAUCCAUUCCAUGAGAGUUGAAGAUGGAUGCUUCUCUAGAUCGAUCCCUCAGAGGGGCCUUUCCCAUACACUUAUAUGUCUCUUCGCUGAGGGCUACGCUAAGCUAAUGUUUACUCUGACAGGGAAUUUUAUUAAGGUACAGACAGUGGUAAUCAACAUAAAAAUAUUUUUUUGAGAAAAGAAGUAGAGAUCUACCUGGAUAUCUCACUGGGAAAUGGGAGACAGAUUUAGAUAAAGGAACGCAUUAAAGUUGUCCUCGGUAUGCUAUACUCACUAGAGUACGAUUGGGUAGAAUAAUUACAAUGCGAGAUGCAGCAGUACACUCACAGGCUUUCACAUGUCCAUCCAUUCAAGCACCGAGUCAGUUACAUCAAAGCAUCGCUUUAUCUUCAUUUUCUCAUUCAUAACAUACAGAACUGUGAUAGUUAACGUAAUAGUGUACAGAAGGAAUAAUCUGACAUGGAUGAAGUUUGGAGGGCUGUUCAACUGACACUACAGCAACUUUUAAAAACAGGGGGAGUGUCUUUUUGUAUGUUUAAACUGUUCAGUUACUGGAAACUAUAGGACCUGUUAGGAGGUACUGUGAUGGCCUUUUAUUCCCCCUGAUUCGAUUUGAUUUAUUUUAAACUAGUCAAUGCAGAAAACCAGUCCUGUAAGAUUUUAGGUACAAUGUGGUACAAUGUUUUCUCCCCAUAUGGUAUCUCUCCUGGUACGUUGACUGUUUUGGGUACUCUGUGGUCAGCUGGAGUGUUGAGCCUGUGUGGGUACAUAGACUAGCUAUAUGGUACUCACUCUAUAUGAUACAGCUGUCUUUAGCUGGUUGAUGUGAGCGCCUGCAGCCAUCAACCUGGUCCUGUCUCCGCGUUUGCACAUAAGGAUCAUGGGUAGUACAAUGGGACUAUUCUGAUGAUAUUAAUGAAGACUAUGAUGAUGAUAACAAUGAUAUUGGAUUGUAAAUUAAUCUCUAGCAGUCGGUAUUUUGAUACUUGAAUGAUUUUGUUUUUAUAGAUAUCUAUGUAUAUGUAUGUACCUAUGUAAUUGUUUUGCCACAUUUGUAAAAAGGACUGUCUUAUUAAGUUCAACAUAUCAUGAUACUGUUAGGUUCUAAUUUUGAGUAAAUAACUCACGGACACUAGAGAAGCUUAACCAAGUGUAAUUCUUCCCAAAGGGUUGUUACAGCUGUAAUUCAGACACCGACAUGGCUUCCCCAGUGGUAGUAUUCAUACCCCACUUUGGGUGGAGUCUCCUACUUAUCUCUAAACAUUGCAUCAUUAUUACUAAGCAGGGAGCUAAGUGAUAUGAGCCUUCAACGGUUUCUCCCCUUAUCAGUACUGCCACAUGCAAUUGUGUUCCCUGCACUCAGCCCCUCCCAAGCUUCAUUAUGGCACCCCUCAUGUCUCUUUAGUACCUAAUGUUCCUAUACUUCUGAGUAUAACAAUGUUCAAAGUUUCACCCCGAUUCCAACAAUACCCAACGAUUGAAAACAGGCUGAGAGAAAGAACUCAGAGAGACAUCACUACAGAAACAAAGAAAAAAGAUUGUAAAUGACCUUGGGCUUCCAGUCCUUUUUUAUGAUUAUUAUUUUUCAUAAUUGUACAACUAAUAAAAGAAGAAAUUAUGAACCAGA